AUGGAGUGUCGCCAACGUCGCACCACCAUAAUAUUGGUAUUGCUCUGCUUCUACUCUGCGCCGCGCGGGGCCUCGUCGCUCUCCUUCAGCCUCAACUUCUCAGACCCUAACCAUGGCGCGUCGAUCGAUCUCACCGGCGACGCCUACUUCAGUCCGUCAAGGCUGGAGUUGACGAGGAACGCACUCACCGGCCGGGCGUCGUACGUGCACAAAGUGCCGCUGUGGAACAGCGCCACCGGCGAGAUGGCAAGCUUCACCACGACAUUCUCCUUCCAGAUCAUUCCCGACAAGGAUAGGCUGUCGGAUACCGGGGACGGGAUGGCCUUCUUCCUAGGCCAUUUCCCUUCCGCGAUCCCGCCCAACAGCGACGGCGGCGGCCUCGGCCUCCUCCCGAGGCUCCCCGCGACUUCCACAACCGGGAAAGGCGCCAGUCGUAUCGUCGCCGUCGAGUUCGACACUCACCUCAACCCGGAAUACGCUGAUAUCAGCGCGAACCAUGUCGGCAUCGACGUCAACUCCGUCAACUCCACGGCGUCCACGGACACGACGACCUGGCCGGGCAAGAACCUCACGUCCCCCAGUGUUAUGACGGCCACCGUCAAGUACGGCAACGAGUCCAAGCUGUUGACCGUUGAUCUCCUCAUCGACGGUGCAGUGUACCGGGUAAAUGCAACCGUUGAUCUGAGGAGAUAUUUGCCGGAGGAGGUGGCCGUCGGCUUCUCGGCGUCGACUGGCUUGGCUGUGGAGCUGCACCAGAUACUCUCGUGGUCAUUCAGCUCCACUCUGCAGCUGGAAUCUACUCCCAAGGUAGCACCGCCACCUGCUGAACCCCCUCUUCCAACAACAACCAGCAGCAAUCACAAAAAAACACUAGUUAUCCUACUGUCCGUGCUGGUUCCUCUGCUACUCCUAUUGGUCUGUGUGCUAGCCAUGGCAUGGCGGCGACACAUGGAAACAGGAUCGAUCAGAGCAAAUGAGGACCGCAGUACUGAUAGCGACUCUGAAGAAGAGUGUGUCGACAGAGCUGAUCUCGAGAGAGGUGUGGCUGCCGGCGGCCCCAGACGGUACACGUACCGCAAGCUCGCCGCCGCAACGAGCAACUUCGCCGAGGAGAAGAAGCUGGGACGAGGCGGCUUCGGGAGCGUUUACCGUGGUCACAUGACAGUCGUCGGUGACCAUCGUCCGGUGGCGGUAAAGAUGCUGUCAGCGGAGUCUUCCGCGCAAGGGAGGAAGGAGUUCGAGGCAGAGGUGAGGAUCAUAAGCAGGCUGAAGCAUCGAAACCUUGUGCAGCUGCUAGGUUGGUGCGACAGCCGCAAGGGGCUCCUGCUUGUCUACGAGCUCGUCGCAGAGAGCAGCCUCGACAAGCACCUCUACAGCAAAGACAGAUUUCUAACAUGGCCGCAACGGGUCAACAUAAUACUCGGUUUGGGAUCUGCGCUGCGGUACCUCCACGGGGAGUCGGAGCAGUGCAUCGUGCACGGCGACAUCAAGCCAAGCAACAUCAUGAUCGACUCGUCACUGAGCACCAAGCUAGGGGACUUCGGGCUGGCACGACUCGUAGACCACGGCACGAGAUUGCUGCAGACCACCAAGGCCGUGCUCGGCACCGCCGGUUACAUCGACCCGGAGUUCGUCAACACGCGCCGGCCAAGCACCGAAUCGGAUGUGUACAGCUUCGGCGUCGUCCUCCUAGAGAUCGUCUCGGGCCGGCGGCCGGUGAUCGAAACCCCGGAGAGAACCUUCACGCUGCUGAGAUGGGUGUGGAGCCUGUACGACAGGAACGCAAUCCUGGACGCGGCAGAUGAGAGGCUUAGGGGCAACGAGGAUAACGACUGGUGGAUGGAGCGCGUGCUCGUUGUCGGGCUCUGGUGCGCGCUCCCGGAGAGGAGCGAGCGACCCUCCGUCACGCAGGCCAUGCACAUCCUGCAGUCCGAGGAGGCCAGGCUGCCGGCGAUCCCGCUGCACAUGUACAGGACUGUACAUGAUACUGCUCCGGCUCCGGUGACCGGUGGUGUUCUCUCUUCUUCGAUCAACACCGGUGACGCCAACCUUUCUUCCAAGGAAUUCACCAAUUGA